AUGUCGAGCCGCGGCGUCGCCAAGUUGGAGCUCGUCAAGGUCGAGCUCGAGCGGGCAGAUGGGUCCGUCAAGAGGUGGAGCCUCGGCGUGACCGACAGGGCCGGCGAGCGGCGCUCUUUCGAGGACGUCAAGCGCGAGGUCGCCGCCCUCGUCUGCCCUCCCCUCGCCUCGUUCACCCUCGUCUGCACCUCGCCGUCGCCGCUCUUCGGCUGCGGCAUCACGUCGAGCUGCUGGGACGCCGUCGAGGACGGCGCCGUCCUGCGGAUCGAGCUCGACGACCCGGUCCUGCCGCGAGACGUCGAGGUCGAAGCGCGAGGGCGUCCGGUCAAGGUGCGCGGCGGCUCGCAAGGAGCUCACGACGAGCGUCAAGGUCGCCUUCUCGCUCAGCAAAUGCCGUUCGAUUCGCCCGACUACAUCUCGACGCCGACCUCAUCUUCUUCCCGUACCACCCACCACGUCUCGUCGUCCGCAUCUGUCAUCGACACCGCACCCUCGUCCCCUCACUCGACGACCGACACGUUCCGCACCGCGACCGACUCGCCGCGCCUACCUCUCUCGCCGCCGCACUCGCUCCCGGGCUCACGCCGGUCGAGCGUCGCCUUUGACUCGCACGGUCCGAGCAUGAUCACGAUCUCGAGCGGGUCGUCCUCGUCGUCGUCGAGCAGGCCGCCGUCGUCGAGGUCCCGCAGCACGACGCCUGCACCCGCAGCUCGUCGCGGCAUCACGCCGUCCGACUCGCCGUCGCAGCCGCACACGGUCGAGCAGCUGUUCGGCGGCCUCGACGACAUCUUCAAGACCAAGAUCGAGGCCGAGCACCCCAAGGCGACGAAGGCGCGCUCGGCAGCGUCGAGGUCGCCGCGCGAGGUUCGUUCGCCCGGCGUCGAGGACGGCGUCCCGGCAGCGAGCAUCCCGGCGGCGUCGUCGUUGCACCUCGCUCGUCAAGCAUCGUUCGAGGAUGCGCUCCGGGUCCGACUCGCCGCCGAGCCAAAGAUCCGCUCGCCGAGUGUCUUCAAGCCGUCGCUCCUCGCCGGCCUCGUCUCGCCCGGUCUCGCCCGCACGGGCCCUCCUCCCCUCGAUCGCCUCCCUCUCAAUGACCCAGCGUCCCUCCUCGCCUCGCCAGCCCCUUCCUCCAACCUCGAAUCCGUCGCCGAGCUCUCCAGACCUCGACGACCCGCGCUCGACGUCACGGUCUCGGUCGGCGCACGUCCGCUUCGCCGCCGGCCUCGCCUCGAGUCGCCCGCCGACGCCGGCCAAGUCGCCUUACGCCUCGCCACCGUCGACGCCGGGCCUACGGCCGUCGCCGAUGCAGGCACCGUGGGUGCCGCUGCGCUCGGCGUCGACCUCGGCAUCCUCGUCGCCCUCAUCGACUAG